AUGAGGUUCCUAAAAUCUACACAAAAAGAUAGGGAGUGCGUACUACCACCAUGUGGAGGUACCUUCAAUCGCAUGAUGCGCAUCCAAAACAGAGCUACUAGUAAAUCAAAUGGAGUGGAUUCAGGGCACUUACAAUGGAUUUCUGAGAGACACUACUUGAUCUUUGAGUUUGAAAAUAUGAACGUAGCCGUGGCCAUCUUCACUGAGGGAGCUUCUUCCUUGGACUUUGUUUGCAAGUAUCUGAUUGAAUUUGUGUCAAUGCUCGGAGGAUAUCGUCAAUUGGAGUCAGGUAGAUGGAAGAGUGGAGGGUGUGCAACAA